UCUGACAGUACUUUCUUAGACUUUUAGGUCGAUACCUAUCUGUAGUGUCAAAAUUCAAACUAUAAAAAUAUCUGCACAGACUCCUCGUUGUUACUCGCACUCAAAAUGGAAAUUGCUGCGGUGGAGAAGGUGAUUACUAUCGCCAAGUUGCCGACUACCACAGUUACUACAGUUGAGGUGGAGUCACUAGAUCAGGAACUUUACUUGCUUAAUAGAAGAGAUGAGAAAGAGAGAGACAGGCUAGACCGACAGAGCAACACCAUCAGGAUUGUCAGAGAUGGACACGUCCUUGACCCCCGAAUCCCCAAGCAAAAUGUGUCCAGAGUAGCAGAUAUAGCAACAGGUACCGGCAUUUGGCUCAGAGAAUUGGCCGAGGAAUUUUCGAAUGGAGGAUGCAAGCUCCUGGAGACAGUAGGGUUUGACAUUUCUCCUGACCAAUUCCCCAAGAAUCCUGCCCCGGAAAACAAAUUUGUGUUAUGGGAUAUGACGAAGAGGUUCCCUAAAGAAUACCACGGCACCUUCGAUGUCGUGCAUAUACGACUCGUCGUGCUCGCCCUGAAAGUCGAACAGAUCAAAGGCGUUGUAGAGAAUCUAGUCGACUUACUCAAACCCGGUGGAUAUCUCCAAUGGACCGACAUGUCCUACCGCAACGGCCUCAAGAUAACACACUCCGCUGAUGAAAGCGAGCCCUUGUGGAAAGCUGGGAUAGACAAGAUGUUCAAAUACUGGGGCGACCAAGGAUUCUCCUACGAUCCACCUGACGACGUAGAAAAGAUACUUCAAAUUUUACCCGUGGAAGAUGUGCAUGUGACCGACCACACAUUUGCACCCUAUCAAAAACCAGAAAUAAACGACCUGGUGAUUGAGUGGCAAUCGCGCGCCAAAGCGCUGAUCAUAGAAUUGCUAUCGUCUCGGAAUGGAUUGAGUGACGAAGAAGCGAAGAUGGCCGCGUAUCUCUAUCGGAAGAAGGCGGUCGAGAUGGGAAAACGGGGCGUAAUAUGGAGGUCACCGAUGGCAACUUUGAUUGCUCGCAAGAAGUAACAGUCGGCUCUUGUGAGCGGCCACCUGGUGCCUAGUCGGGGAAAGCGGUUGUCCCCAUUCAAGAAAGAUUGUGUUAUUUGAAAACAAAUUACAUUGUUGAGUUUAGUGAAAUUAUAACAACUUAAUAAUAUUGAAUUUAUGAUUUUAAUUUAA